CAGCCAUUAUCCCUGCCUUGAGUCUGUGAGCACAUUAUAAUGUCCCUUUGUGCCUCUUCUCACAAGGAGUUUUCUCAGCUAUUUCCUGUUCAAGACAUGGAUAUCAAAAACUCACCAUCUAGCCUUAACUCUCCUGUCUCCUACAACUGCAGUCAGUCUGUCCUUCCCCUGGAGCACGGCCCCAUAUAUAUUCCUUCCUCCUAUGUAGAAAGCCACCAUGAAUAUUCAGCCAUGACAUUCUAUAGCCCCACUGUGAUGAAUUACAGUAUCCCCAGCAGUGCCAGUAACUCUGAAGGUGAACCUGGUCGACAGGCCACAGGCCCAAAUGUGUUGUGGCCAACUCCUGGACACCUGUCUCCUUUAGCGAUCCAUUGCCAGUCAUCACUUCUGUAUGCAGAACCUCAAAAGAGUCCGUGGUGUGAAGCAAGAUCACUAGAACACACCUUACCUGUAAACAGAGAGACCUUGAAAAGGAAGGUUAGUGGGAGCAGUUGCACCAGCCCUGUCACUAGUCCAAGCACAAAGAGGGAUGCCCACUUCUGUGCCGUCUGCAGCGAUUACGCCUCGGGAUAUCACUACGGAGUCUGGUCGUGUGAAGGAUGUAAGGCCUUUUUUAAAAGAAGCAUUCAAGGACAUAAUGACUAUAUUUGCCCAGCUACAAAUCAGUGCACAAUAGAUAAGAACCGGCGCAAAAGCUGCCAGGCCUGCCGACUCCGGAAGUGCUAUGAAGUAGGGAUGGUGAAGUGUGGCUCUAGAAGAGAAAGGUGUGGGUACCGUGUCAUGCGAAGGCAGAGGAAUCCUGAUGAACAGCUGCAUUGCCUGAGCAAAGCCAAGAAGAACAGUGGCAAUGUGACCAGAGUGAAGGAGCUGCUGCUCAAUGCCCUGAGCCCUGAGCAGCUGGUGCUCACACUCAUGGAGGCCGAGCCGCCCGAUGUGCUCGUGAGCCGCCCCAACUCGCCCUUCACCGAGGCUUCCAUGAUGAUGUCCCUGACCAAACUGGCCGACAAGGAGUUGGUGCACAUGAUUGGCUGGGCCAAGAAGAUUCCCGGCUUUGUGGAGCUCAGCCUUUACGACCAAGUGAGGCUCUUGGAGAACUGCUGGAUGGAGGUGUUAAUGGUGGGGCUGAUGUGGCGCUCAAUCAACCAUCCCGGCAAGCUCAUCUUUGCUCCAGACCUCAUUCUGGACAGGGAUGAGGGGAAAUGUGUAGAAGGAAUUUUGGAAAUCUUUGACAUGCUCCUGGCAACAACUUCAAGGUUUCGUGAGUUGAAACUCCAACACAAAGAGUAUCUCUGUGUCAAGGCCAUGAUCCUCCUCAACUCCAGUGUGUACCCUUUAAGUGCAGCAACCCAGGAGGUGGAGAGCAGCCGGAAGCUGACUCACUUACUGAAUGCUGUGACCGAUGCUCUGGUCUGGGUGAUCGCCAAGAGUGGCGUGUCCUCUCAGCAGCAGUCGGUCCGCCUGGCUAAUCUCCUGAUGCUCCUGUCUCACGUCAGACAUGCCAGUAACAAAGGCAUGGAACACCUGCUCAGCAUGAAGUGCAAAAAUGUGGUCCCAGUCUACGACCUGCUGCUGGAAAUGCUGAACGCCCACACGCUUCGGGGGUACAAGUCCUCAGGGUCUGAGUGCAGUUCGGCAGAGGACAGUAAGAGCAAAGAGGGCUGUCAGACCCCGCAGUUUCAAUGAGAGCCUGUCCUGAGGUGA